AGUUUUAUACCAGUUUGACAGCAGUACACACCUCCUCUCCUUGAGGUGCGCUUUUGAAAAAACCACAUGACUAUAUCUUUAAACGAUGACAGGGACAUGUUUGGUGCUUUGCUGUUUGCCAUCACAAGUGUUGCCUCAGUACAAGCUGAUGAAUGCAUAGUGGGAGUGAUUGGGGAGCGUGUCCUCCUUCCCUGUGUUUAUAAUGGGGUGAAAAAUUUGACCUCCUUCCACAUCUCAUCUGAAUGGAGAAGAGGAAUGAAAAUAAUACACACUGCGGUCUGGAUAGAGGGACGAGUGGACAAUCAAAAUGUGUCCCACAGUAUCCGGACUACAGUGUCAUCUUUAGCCCCAAAAACAGGAGAUUUCUCCAUGGUGUUACACGAUAUACAUUUAUCAGACACACAUAAUUACAGUUUUCAUCUUAAGCCUCACGGCGAAAAAAGCAGCUCUCUUUGCACUGUCUGUCUCGCCGUAGCAGGCCAUUUCAGCCAUCCUACUUUAUUAAGACAGAAUGGAGUGGAUGGUGGCGAAACCAGAUUGUUUUGCAACUCCAGAGGAGGAUUUCCUGCUCCAUCCAUCUCCUGGCUUGUCAACCAUACACAGUGUCCUCCAGAAACAUUAGUCACAACAUAUAUAAAUGUUCUACCACAGUCUGAACUCUACAACAUCACAAGUGUCCUAUCCAUCAACAUAUCAGCAGACACUGCCGUAACCUGUGUCAUAGAAAACAACCUGCUGAACGAAACUUUAACAGCAACGAGCAUUGGUGUUCGUUCAAGUACAUCGGUGGUCCGGCUCUCAGAGCACAUGUGGGCGUUCAGCGCUGCUCUGUGUGUGGUUGUAUUCUUCCUGGUGGCUGCGUCUUUGGGUUUCCAGAAGAAAUGGGACCGAGAUAGAAAAAGAAAGCAACACAGAUGUGGAGAUGAUUCAUCUACACUGUAA